GGCGAGAAGGCAAGGCCAGGCGGGCCUGGACAGGCCAGUCCCCCCUCCAGCUCCAGCAGGAAAGGUCAGAAGGAAGCCUUCUCCUCCUGGGACGUGGGUGCCAAUCCCAGCUGGAGCACCUGGACCAGUGGCUUCCCCUGUCCUGUUCUCAGUUUCCUCCUCCACAGAGUGGGAGGAAUGGCCGUUCUACCUGCUGGGGAGAUGAGUGCGAGAGAUCACGAGGGCCAGAGGGCCUGCCUGGGACGCUGAGGAUUACAGCUGCUCCCUACCCUGGGGGCCCGGCUGGCUCCACACUCCCUCCAGGCCUCCCCAAACAAUGGGCCCAGGUGCCUGAAACCGGGGUGCAAACAUUCCAGGCCAGGAGAAGCAGCAGCCCACUGAGGUUGGGGGAACCCUUGGCCUGGUUUGGGGGGCCUCCUAGAAGCAGAUCCCUGGCCAGGCUUGUAGACAACCCUCCCCCCCUUCACUCCCUGCCUCCUGCCUUUCCCGCAGAGCUGGGGCCUUUAAAAGUUUUUUCCUCCCCGCUUCCCAAUCUGGAGCCACCGCCGUUAUUAAAAGGACACCAUGUGUUUUAAAAGGGAAAAGUGUGAGAUUCUCUACAGGCAAGGAGGAGGGUGGCCUCCAUCCUGGGGUCCUCAUGAGGGUCUCCAUCUCCUGUCCCGCUGGUACCUGCAGACACUUUACGACCCACUCGCCUGCUGGUCAGGUGCUAAGACACACCAUAAGUAGAAACAUAUUGCGGAGGUGUGAGAAUCUUAUUUAAUUUCUUCCCCCUUAAAGGAAAAAACACACGCACAGCAAUCGCCCCCCCACUACCUUCGCCUGCUGUUCUACAGGCUGGGAAACAAAGCAUCACUAACAGUGGCAUUCACAGGCACUACCCACAGCCUGGCAGAGCUGUCAGGAACCUGGGAGGGCCCGGCACAGCCCCUCACCUGCCCAGGCGCGUCGGGCAUGCUGGGCUUUUGGCAAGUGCCCCCAGGGGGUGCCCGGACCCUGCCCUUUCUGGAGGAGCAUCGCAGGAGCCUGCACCAGCUCCGUGCAGUGCAGGUUGGCCUGGGGCAUAGUGUGUGCCCGCCCAGGUGACCUGUGCACCUGGACAGGGUGCAUGGAGGGACUGUGGAUGUUCCGGGCAUGCUGUGCCUGCGUGCGUGCCCCUGGGUUGCUUCCCCCUCCGAAUGAGUGUGUGACCACGAGUGUAUGUGUGUCAGGGAUGGAAUGUGUGUGUGUGCCUUGAUGGUGUGCGAAUGUGCAUCUGGGAUGCAGUGUGCGCAAGUCUGAGGGUGAGGGUGACGGGCCACAAGCCAGUGUGAGUCUUUGUGUGUCUCUGGGUGUGUCCCAGAGCGGGUCUGGAUGUGGAGACGGUGUGCUGGCGGGGGUGUGCAUCGGGUGGGGGGCCGGAAAGUGCCGGAGGCCCGGAGCUCCCGAGAGGGCAGGGGUCCCGGCCUGCCGAGCUGUGGGUUCCCAGUGAGCUCCCCCCACUCACGGCUGGGCCCCGCGGUGCCCGGACUCGCUGGCUCCUGCUCCGUCUCCCUCUCACCCACUCUCUCACAAAGAUUUGUCUCGCUGGAGGCUUCCAGCCCAGCGCGGCGUGGCCCGGAACGGUUCUGAGCGUUGCCGGUGGCGGGGACUCCGAGGACCCCCGCGCGGGGUCCCGCCAGGGGAGGGCGGCGGCGCCGGCCCGCGGAGAGGCGCGUCCCCGGGGACCCCGGGCCGCGCGCCAGGCGGCCAGAGCGGCCCCCCUCCCGCCCCGCCUUCCUCGCGGGGCUCAUCCCUCCACCCGGGGGGGCCCGCUCGGGGCCGGCACCCAGCGCGCCUACUGCGUGCGCCCCCGCCCGAGAGCGGUGCCCUACGGUCUCCGCAACUCCGAGUCCUCGGACGCUGUCGCGUGCGCCCGCCUCGUCCCAGCGUGCAGAGGGUUCCAGGCCGCCCCGGGCCGGGCGUCCUCGGCCCGGCGGCCCAGAUCUGGCUGAGAUCUCCUCGCCCGCGGACAAGAGGGAAGUGUCAUGGCACCACUGCGAUGGGACAGACGGCGGCCCCAUUAUCCACCUGCCCCGCCCCGCCCGCAUCUCCACGGUGCCGCAGCGCCGCUCCCCCGCCCCCCAUUCCCAGGCUGCCUCGCUCGGGUGACGUCAGCGACCUGGUCCCCCCCCGCCGCCGCUGCCGCCGCAUCCUCUACGCCCGCCAGGAGCCGGCGUCCCCGCGCCCCUCGCGCCCGGCCCGGCCAUGGCUUUGGUCGCGUUGAUGCCGCUCCUGCUGCUGCUGCUGCAGCCUCCGCCCGCCAACCCCGCGCCGUCCGCCCGCGACCCCUUCGCCCCUCAGCUCGGGGACACGCAGAGCUGCCAGCUGCGGUGUCGCGACCGCUACCCUGGUUCGCAGCCCUCGCAGGCGGAGCUGGAGGAGGAGGAGGACCCCUCGGAGUCCCCGCAUGAGUAUGACAGGGCCGUCCUGAUCAGUGCUUGUGAGCGUGGCUGCCGCCUCUUCUCCAUCUGCCGGUUUGUGGCCAGGAGCUCCAAGCCCAACGCCACCCAGGUGGAGUGUGAAGCAGCCUGCGUGGAGGCCUAUGUGAAGGAGACGGAGCAGCAGGCCUGCAGCGAGGGCUGCUGGAGCCAGAACCCCGAGCCUGAGCCCGAACAGGAGCAGAAGAGAAAAGUCCUGGAAGCUCCAAGCGGGGCCCUCUCGCUCCUGGACUUGUUUUCCACCCUCUGCAAUGACCUUGUCAACUCUGCCCAGGGCUUUGUCUCCUCCACUUGGACAUACUACCUGCAAACUGACAAUGGGAAGGUGGUGGUGUUCCAGUGGCUUCAUUCCCAGACCCAGCCUGUGGUAGAGACCCUAGGGCACGAGGGGGCCCGUCUGCAGCGAGUAGAGGUGACCUGGCGGGGAUCUCACCCUGAGGCCUUGGAGGUACACGUAGAUCCUGUAGGUCCCUUGGACAAGGUGAGGAAGGCCAAGAUCCGAGUCAAGACUAGCAGCAAGGCCAAGGUGGAGUCCGAUGAGCUACAAGACAACGACUUCCUCAGUUGCAUGUCCCGGCGCUCGGGGCUUCCUCGCUGGAUCCUGGCCUGCUGCCUCUUCCUCUCCGUGCUGGUGAUGCUGUGGCUGAGCUGCUCUACCCUGGUGACUGCACCUGGCCAGCAUCUCAAGUUCCAGCCCCUGACCCUGGAGCAGCACAAAGGCUUCAUGGUAGAGCCAGACUGGCCCCUGUACCCUCCCCCAUCGCACGCCUUUGGGGACAGCCCCCCACCCUACAAGCUGAAGCUGGAUCUCACCAAGCUGUAGGCCUCGGUCCGCCUGGGGAAUUGUUCCUCAGGCCUCCUCGCCCUGUGCUCAGGAGUCCAGGCCAGGGUGGGACCAUCCUUGGGCUCCUCCACCCACAAAAUCCUUCUCUCUACAGGCCUGCCCCUCUCCCCCGGGUCCUGAUGUCUCUAGGGGGUGACAUCUGGCCUUGCUUCCUCCCUGCCCCCUCCCUAGAGCGUGCUUCUUCCAUCUUCUAUUGUGUAGCUUCUUGAGUAUUUGAACCCCACAUUCCUCUUCCUCCUCUCUCCCCUCUCUGGGGGGCUGAGGCCUCAGGGGAGCCGCCUUGUGCUAGGGCUCCCCCCGUCCCCACCCCACCUCUGGAGAUCCAGCCCCAGGAGAGGAGGCCCCUUCAAGAGGAGGCUGUGGGCAGCGCUGAGGCUGGGGCCGCAGCUUGGGGGUUGGGAGGAAUAAAG